GAGCUGUCCUGCAGUUGGACCUCCAACCAUCACAUGGCCAACAUCUUUGACUUCACCCUGGACGAACUGCAGAGCCUCAAGAGUAGCUCCAGUCGAGCGGUCAGUAUCGAUCAGGACUCCACUGAUGCCUCCACCUCUGGCUCUGCCACCAGUGCCUCCUACCACUUCAGAAGGAGGGUGGGCAGCAGGAAGAGGAAGUUACCUAGCAACAGCUACAGCCAGUGGGCCAAUCGCAGUGAGGUGGGGGAGGAGCUCGGCGGCGAGGAGUCUGGGAUGCUGGAGGACCAAGAAGCUACAAACCACCUGACCACAGACUCCUCCCACUUCUUGUCUGACUCCUCCCACCUGCACUCCUCCAUCUCCUCCUAUUUCGGAGUGGCGGGCAGACUGAACAAUGGGGAGAGGUACCAGGUGCUGGCUCGCCGCGUCACCGCUCAGGGGACGGUCCAGUACCUGCUGGAGUGGGAGGGGACAACGCCUUACUAGGACAGAGUCUCAGGGGACGCUUUGAUUCCUCCUCCAAUCAGCUUUAGCCAGGUGGCUGCUGAUUGGUCCAAACCACUGACAGCUUAGUGACAUCACCAGUUACCCAUCUGACCAGCCAAUCAGAUUUUAAUGUUUUUAUUUUAUUUAUGUCCCCACAAACCUGUCCACGUCCCUGCAAAACUGUCCAUGUCCACGCAGACUUGUCCACGUCCCCACUGACCUGUCCACGUCCCCACUGACCUGUCCAUGUCCCCACUGACCUGUCCAUGUCCCCACUGACCUGUCCAUGUCCCCACUGACCUGUCCAUGUCCCCUCACCUGUGUCAGCAGUGUGUCUAAGCUGAAGUGAGUUUGGAGGAAUCAAAGCUGAACUGAGUCUGUUUAAACAGUGUUAGGCGCAAUAGACACCAAUGUUAUAUACAGCCAAAGACACACACACACACACACACACACACACACACACACAUAUAUAUAUCUAUAUAUAUCUAUAUUAUAUAUAU